AUGGGUAAUGAGAAUAGCAGGAGUAACAUAGUUGAGGAAGGUGUCAACCACCUCAACUGCCUGCAAGCAAGAAAUUACCAUCAAUGGAUGGAAGUCAAUAUGCCCAAGAAACGUAAAGCUGAGCAUCCAAAUGAUCCCGACUGGUGGGACAGGAUGAAGAAAAGGCAGGUACACCAUCCUCAGACCAUGACGCAUCGGAAGUUCAUGGGUGAGGAGGAAACUUCACAGAAAAUCAGUAAGUUCGUAGGACUGAGACCUACGGAAACACCAGCCACGAUCAAUUUUUCUGGUCAACAAUCGCAAAGGGUAGGGCGAGUUUCCUCCUCCUCCAUCUCCCCUACAUCAUCAUCAUAUCGUUUCAGCAUCAGACUUCCUGAGGCAGACGGCAACGAGCCAGAUCAGCGGAAUUCCCGUCAUUCCAUGUUUGAAGACGCUUCAGCUUCGUUGAGAAGGAGCAGCAGCUCUGUUGACCUGCCCGUCUCAUCCCUUGACGGCGACAGGAGGAGCACUUUUGCCUUCGACGUCCCAGCCUUCGUCGGCACAUCCUCGUCCGCAGACUCGCGGCUGGAUCAGAGCAUGAGUCUCUACACCUCCAACGGUCAGAACAUAUCCAGAUCCCACAAGUCGAGAAAUGCUCGGCCCCACCCUCGUUCCCUUGCGGACAUCACCAACAUGCCAAGCCCGUCCAAGAAGAGCGACAAGGGGCCCCUUUGGUACUCUUCUACCAUCACCAUCUCCGACGCCAAUGCUGCUGAGUGGUCCAAGACAAAGAAGUCUAUGCUGGAGGAGGCAGUCGCAGCUGCCCUUGACCUUCCCAUAGAGGACGUGCAGGCAACAGAUGAGCUGAGGGAUAUGUUGUUGCAAGCUGGCAUGAGCCUGAAAACCUCCCAGUUCGUGGGGACGCAGCAUGUUCCAACCGAUCCAGCUGAAGAGCAGCUGGCGUUCCCUUCCACGGACCCCCGAGAUCUCAACUCUCAGCUGAGCUCCUCGCAAUAUCGCAACGGAUACUCGCUGAGGCAAAAGCUCUUGGAGGCAAACAUGCAAAACUCAGAUGAGUUUGCCAGCUUGUUUUCUAGCCGAAGUUCGAUGAACGGAAUAUUGUGA